UUCUUUUGCGGAUCAAUGGACAAACACAUACCAAUACUCAUUAAAAAAAUAUCUCAAACACACAGCUUGCAACUCCCUCCCUACAAAACAAUGUCUCUCCACCAUUGUUCUUCCAUUACAAUCUCUCCCCAAAACCCUUUCUCUCUACCAUAAAUCUCUCCGCCAUGAAAAUUCCUUCUAACUUCCUCUCUCUCUUCCUCCUCUUUCUCUCCCUCCUCUCCUCCGUUCAAUCUCUCACCUCCUCAGCCGAUAUCUCCGCCCUCAAAGCCUUCAAAUCCGCCGUCAAACCCUCCUCCAUUCCCCCUUGGUCCUGUUUAGCUUCUUGGAAUUUCUCUGCCGAUCCCUGCGCUCUCCCUCGCCGGACCUUCUUUUCCUGCGGCCUCCUCUGCAACUCCGCCGCCACUCGUGUCACCCAACUCACCCUCGAUCCCGCCGGCUACUCCGGUACUCUCUCUCCACUCAUCUCUCGACUUACUUACUUGACUGUUCUUGACCUCUCUGAUAAUGCCUUCUCUGGUUUUAUCCCUUCUGCAAUUUCCUCUCUCCCUAAUCUUCAAAUCCUCACUCUCCGAUCUAAUUCAUUUUCUGGAUCCAUUCCCCCUUCUAUUUCCAAUCUCAAAUCACUUGAAUCUUUGGAUUUAUCCCAUAAUUCCCUCUCUGGAAAUCUCCCCAAAUCUCUGCAUUUUCUCUCUGUUUUAAGACGUCUCGAUCUCAGCUUCAAUCAACUCACCGGCUCUGUUCCUAAACUCUCACCUAACUUGCUUGAACUCGCGUUAAAACGAAAUUCCCUUUCUGGGUAUUUGGAUAAAUCGUCUUUCUCCGAGUCGAAUCAAUUGGAAGUAAUCGAACUCAGUGAAAAUUCGCUCGCCGGUACCUUACCGGCCUGGUUCUUCCUCCUUCCUUCUCUCCAACAGAUCAAUCUGGCUAAUAACAGUUUAACGCGUCUCGAGAUCUCCCCUGCCGCCGCUGGUGGCAGCGAUCUCGUCGCCGUCGAUUUGGGGUUCAACAGAAUUGAAGGGAACGUGCCGGUGAAUUUCGCGAGCUUUCCGGCGUUGUCGUCGUUGUCGCUGCGGUAUAAUCGGUUGCGUGGCGCGAUCCCAUUGGAAUUCAGCGAGAAGAAGACGAUAAAGAGAUUGUACUUGGAUGGGAACUUUUUGACUGGGAAGCCACCGGCGGGGUUCUUCUCCGGCGGGGGAGAUCCGGUUUCCGGUAGCUUGGGGGACAAUUGUCUGCAGGGAUGUCCACAGUCGUCUCAGCUGUGCGCUCCGUCGCAGAAGCCGAAUGCUGUUUGCAAGGAGGCGUACGGAAGGGGGAGGGGAAGAGGAAAACCGAUGAGCUGAAAUCCGACAUGUCGGUUUAUUAUAUUAAUUAUAUAGGUUUUUUAUUUUUAUUUUAUUAUUUUUUAAUUUUACGAUGAAUCUCGACGAUUAUGAAAACUGCUUCGGGCUUUGUAUAUAGUGUUUUUUUUUUUUCCUAAUGUACUUUAAAAAAUAAAGUAUCGAGGAAGAUGGGGUUGAAAUUAUAAAUUUAGUUUCUUGACAAA